GCGGCGAAAAUAGCCUGGGCGGGGCGGCAGCACGUACCAAGGGGAGAACGAGAUAAGUGGAGGCUGUUGCAGGAAAGCUACGAGAACAUGAAAACGCGGCACGAUGGGGAAGGACUCUGCACUGUGGGAACUUUGGAUCCAGACAGUGAGGCUGCUGUGGGCAGAUGGGGCCGCGGAGGCCUGUCACUCGCCAGUAUGGAUGGCGCAGAACGUGCAGCUUAACAAAGAAAUGACGCUCGCCAGCAACCGGAGCCUGGCAGAAGGAAACCUCCUGUACCAGCCCCGGCUGGACGCCCUGAAAGCAUGUUUGACCCAAAAAUACCAGGAACUCCAGGUUCUCUUUGAAGCCUAUCAGAUAAAGAAGACCAAAUUAGAUAAACAGUCAAGCAGCGCUUCCUUGGAGACCCUGCUGGCGCUGCUUCAGGCAGAAGGAGCCAAGAUUGAGGAGGACACUGAGAACAUGGCAGAGAAGUUUCUCGACGGAGAGCUUCCUCUGGACUCCUUCAUCGAUGUCUAUCAGAGCAGGCGGAAACUGGCCCACACACGAAGAGUGAAAAUCGAGAAGCUCCAGGAGCUGGUGCUGAAGGGACAGAGACUUCCGCAGGCCUCGGUGCCGGCCCCGCUGCCCCCCAGGGUGCCCGAGCCGGCGCCCGCUGCCCCCCUGCCCUACCCUACCUCGGAGGCCAGCGGGCCCCCCUCUGUGCUACCUCGGCGCAUCCCCCCGCCGCCUCCCCCAGUGCCUGCAGGACGCUUGGCCACACCGUUUACCGCCGCCAUGGGCUCAGGACAGGCCCUUCCGUACCCCGGAUCACAGUGCCCUCCCCUGCCCCCCCGCGUGGGCCUACCCCCCCAGCAAGGAUUCUCCGCACAGUUCAUGUCUCCGUACCCGCCCGCUCUCCCCCAGAGACCCCCACCCCGGCUGCCGCCGCACCAGCCGGGCUUCAUCCUCCAGUGAGCGGCCUCGCCCUCCUGGGAGCCUGCCCCUGCUGGCCAGGGCCCUGCGCACAGGCUGCGAGCACGGGGGCUGCGGCCCUGGGCCCGCGCGCCCAUCGGACUGUAGAACUCUAGGUCGCUGGUAAGUAGACAUAGACCCCGGUUUUGCACCCAGGUGGUUGUGCGCGCAGGGCCCCACCCCGGUGUCCCCACGGCCACAAUGGUUUGUCCUCGGUAUGAUUUCUAGGUCCUGUAGUGUUGGUGGACUCGUGAGUCUGGGGGCAAAGCCUCCCUCCCUUCCCACUUAGAAUCGUGGUCCUCUUGUGGCUUUAUUUAAUAAGCAUGCUUGGUCAUUCCUGCUCCGUGCGCAAGACAGCGCCGUGUGGCCCAGCCCGCCACCGUCCCUGGUCAGGGUCUGUCAGGUGGGCCCGCCUGGAAGGUGCUUUCUGAAUCGGCGGGUGGGGGUUGCCAGUCCUCCCCACCCCCCCCCCCAAACCUGGAUGCUUCAAAGCCACAUGCAGAGUUUGCACUUGGCCCACUGCCAGGUCCGGAGGCUGGGCACGUCGCAGCCGGGGGACACUGGUCCGAGCUGGACUUUGCACAGCAGACGCCGUCCUCGGCUCUUCCUCUCUCCCCCGCCUCGGGCCAGCCCCUGUGGGUUUCUAUGAAAAAAUACUCCCCCAAUAUUUUUACUAUGUCUGUAAUUUGUUUUAUAUGGGGAAAGAAAACUUUUUUGACACAAGACCAUUCAGGGAAACUUUAUAAAAAUGCACAUAAUUGUUUUGAACAGAUUGAAGUACAGAAGCGAAUGCAAUUUCCUUUCUCACAAGCUGUGUAUGGUCACACCUGUGGGUGCCUGUGCUGUGCCUUAGUUUCCCCUGGUGCCAAUGAGGGACCAUCCAUGGCUCCCUUGCAGGCCCACAGGCUGGGCAGGCCGAGAGGUGGCUCUCACCAGUGGCUCUGUGUUCCCAGAGGGGCUUGUUCAAGUCAAUUGUGUUGCAGGUAGAAUUCUGUCCCAUCUUGAACCAGGAUAUUCGUAGCCGGUAUUCUCGGCCUUGGCUCGGGGCUCGGUGCGGGAGCGAGGGAGGCCGGCGGCACGUCCCCGUGCGAUGGAGAAAGCCAGCACCAGGAUCGGCAGACGCUCUGGGACCAACCCCCGCUCUUCCUGUCCCGGUGACAGAAUUGAGGCAGUGCUCAAAGGGGGGGGUCUGUCCCAGCAGGCCACGGGGGAGGCCACCACCUUCGUCUUCAGUUAGCCUGUGGUUCUCCCAGACUGGAGCCCCACUGUGUCCUAGCUGGACGGGACGGCGUGCCUGCCGUGAUCAGGGCCCUCCCCUCCUCUCCCCAGGAGCCGCGCCGCCUACCCCAGGUCGGUGGGGGGCUGCCCCCAAGCCCACGUGGGUUGUAGCCAAGGGUGUGUACUCAGUGUCAAUGUGGUGAAGGGCCGCCAGGCUGGUCUCGCUGCGGGCCCAGGCCUGAGCUGGGGUUGUAAAGCUGUAGGACCCUUUUUAAUAAAUAGAGAAUUAACAACA